ACCCCACACCCAAACCCCUCCCUUAAUCUCUCUCUUUUCCCCCAAAAGGGCUUUUCCCAAUUUAAACUCUUCAAAAAUUUCUCAUACAACCAAAAUCUUUAUCUCGCGUAUGGCCUUUCACGUAGCUUGUCCAAUUACCUGUCGAAGGAUCUGUUACUGCCCACUUGGGUUUCCAAAGGGUAAAAAUGAGUUCUUGGAAGAUGUGGUUAGGGUUGAGGAGUUUCUUAAGGACCCGUGGUUGCUUAAGGCUAAAGAAGGUGCCACAAUUCAGGUUAAGGUACCCAAGAUUGUUGUUGCUCCGCCUCCUCCCCAGCCGGCGGCGGUAGGUGAUGGGGGUGGUGGUGGGGAUGGAGAGGAGGCAGCUGCUAUUGCUUCAGCACAGACUAAGCGUGCUGCUUUGCAGAAGAAAGCUGCUGCUGCAUCUAUGGUGGCUGAGGAUUUCGCUAGACGAUUCGAGUCUGGAGAUCUGGAGGGCUCCGUGAAAGAUGUUGGUGGAGAUGAACAAGGUCUGUCAAAUGUCAAAGUGAUGUGUAGGCUAUGCUUUUGUGGUGAAAGCGAAGGAAGUGAAAAAGCGAGGAAAAUGAUGUCAUGCAAAAGUUGUGGAAAGAAGUAUCACCGAGGCUGCCUGAAAGCAUGGGGUCAACAUAGAGAUCUCUUUCAUUGGAGUUCAUGGACAUGUCCCUCAUGCCGGCUUUGUGAGGCCUGUCGAAGAACUGGAGAUCCGAACAAGUUCAUGUUUUGCAAAAGGUGUGAUGGAGCUUAUCACUGUUACUGUAUGCAGCCUCCACACAAGAACGUUAGCAGUGGACCUUAUUUAUGUCCCAAACACACAAAGUGUCACAGCUGUGGUUCUAAUGUUCCAGGAAAUGGCCUGAGUGUAAGGUGGUUUUUAGGAUACACUUGUUGUGAUGCUUGCGGUAGAUUAUUUGUGAAGGGAAACUACUGUCCUGUUUGUUUGAAGGUUUAUAGAGAUUCUGAAGCAACACCUAUGGUUUGCUGUGACAUUUGCCAGCGCUGGGUGCACUGCCAAUGUGAUGGCAUCAGUGAUGAAAAAUAUAUGCAGUUUCAAGUGGAUGGAAAUCUGCAGUAUGCCUGUCCAACAUGCCGUGGAAAUAGUUAUCAGGUGAGAAAUCUUGAGGAUGCUGUUCAGGAGCUUUGGAGGAGGAGAGAUGAAUCCGAUAAGGAAUUAAUUGCAAGUUUGAGGGCAGGAGCUGGGUUGCCAGUUGAAGAAGAAAUAUUUUCUAUUUCACCCUUUUCAGAUGAUGAAGAUAGUGGUCCUGUAGUAAAAAAUGAACAUAGUCGAUCUCUGAAGUUUUCUCUUAAAGGUUUAGUUGACAAAUCUCCCAAAAAGAGCAAGGAGUAUGGAAAGAAAUCUUCUUGCAAGAAAUCUGGUAAAAAGAAAGGGCAGCAAUUGUCUUUAACCGGACAAAACGAAACACAUCAUGAUGGUGCUGGUUAUGUCAAGAAUGAAGAAUUGCAGGCUUAUGGGGAACUGGAUAGGUUUUCUUCUCCUGUUGGUAGCUUGACAGAAGGUAUAUGCUCAAUUAAUCAGGCAGGGGUCAUAAAGCACAAAUUUAUUGAUGAGGUUACAGGAAACAAGGGUAAGAGGACAGUCCAAAUUAAAGGCAGCAAGCCUCAGCGUUUGGAUGGGGAUGAUAUUGGGAUUCAGACAAGCAUGCCAAAGACCUCUAAGGGACCAAAGCUUGUUAUACAUUUGGGUUCACGGAAUAAAAAUGUAGCAGGUUCCCCAAAGUCCGAUGCUUCAAGUUGUCAGAAAGAUCAAGAUUUGACUACUUCAAAUGGUAGUGAGGAUCUGGGUCAGCUGAGAGAGAAUGAAAACUCAGAAAGGAAUGACACUGCAGCUAAAUUUGGUGGUGGAAAAGGACAUAAGGUGGAUCAUAUGGACCAAAUAAAGGGUCAAAAUCCUAGGGGUAAAGAAAGUCACUUAAUAAAGAUAAAGAAAGUUAGUUCAGAAGCUACCCAUUUGCCUGUCAAAGUUGGUGGAAAAUUUACCGAUGGAUCUGGACCUAUUCCUCCGGUCAAGACUUUUGGUAUCUUAGGAAAGAGAAGCAAUGAUGGUAGUGUUAUUACAAGGGCUGGAGCUGAAGUUCCUGCCACAAGGGGCAACAAAUUGGCUUCCUUGAAACAUGCAGAAGCUGGGCCCGCUUCUUGUGAUGACCUGAACGAUGAGAAAAUUAGUACACCUUCAGUAUCUAAUUCAACGAGAAAGGAUCCAAAACCUCUUCUAAAGCUCAAGUUCAAGAAUCCUUACCAUGAAAGUCAAAAUGCGUGGGCUUCUCCUGGGGAGGAGGAGAAAAGCAUGGUUAAGGGCCAGAGGUCUAAAAGAAAGAGACCACCAGCCUUUGGAGAAAAAGCAUCAACUAAGGCUGAUGAUAAUUCAUCUCAGUGGUAUGAGGAUAGUACAAUGGACGAGUUCAUGGAUGCUAACUGGAUACUGCAGAAGUUGGGAAAAGAUGCAAAAGGAAAGAGAGUGGAAGUUCAUCAUCCGUCUGAUAAUACCUGGCAUAGAGGGACAGUGAUAGAAGUCUUUGAAGGCUCAUCGGUAGUGUCUGUUGCUCUUGAUGAUGGGAAGAAGAAGAACUUGGAACUUGGAAAGCAAGGAAUACGUUUUGUAUCUCAGAAGCAAAAACGUUGACGGCUUAGUAAAAUUGGUCGCUAUUAGAUGCAGCAUAUCCUGCUACUUUAGAUGCUAAAGAGCAUGAGAGUCGCAGCAUAAGCAGCUGCUGAUUCCCAGGGUUGUUUCUUUUUUAGAGGACCCAAAGGAAGUAACUGAUCUUUGCAGGUCAAAGUUUCAAGGUUACUGCUCCCUGCAUCGUGCGCUUGCUAACCUUUGCCUACCAGAUUUUACAUGGAAGGCAUUGGUUCUGCUUUUCGUUUCCCAGUGUAUAGCUUCACUUUUUCUGGUCAGAGGUGUAGAAUACAAUUUUUGAGCCUUUUGGUGUCACUUAGAUUAAUCUUGUUUUUUUUUUCUUCCAGUUUUUGUAAAUCUUUAAGUGGUUAGAAAUUUCUGCAAUUGCGGGCCUCCUACUGGUUGUAACUAGGGGUGUUCAUUGGUUGGUUUUGAAAGAUUUCAAAUUUCUUUUUUCCGUCUAAAAAAUACAUGUUACACCGAUACCAUAUUAUAAUAAAUGGUAUAGGUUUAUGCGGUGUUA